AAGUAGCUCUUAGGUUUCACUUAAGAACGUCCCCAGGGAACUCCCUUUAUUCCAAAUGGGAGGAUCUCAAAUUGAGGCAUUAUAAAUGUGAGCCGAGUUCAACAUUUAGGCUAUAUUUUUUGCUGGAAGAAGCAAGCCAAGCAGCCAGAACUUUUUAAGACAUCAACAGCAAUAUGAUCGGCUCAGAAGUUGUACUUGAAGCUUUGAGCGAGAUCUGCCAUGCCGGAGUAACUUCAGCUCAGAGACGAAGAUCACAAGCCGGACUGACAGGCGACGUUCCUGACGGAGCAGCGCGCCUUCUCCGUCCACUGCAGACGCUGCAGCUGUCCGUGACGGAGCUGACCAUCCAUGACCUCAUCCCUUUAACCCUGUGUGGUGAUACAAGCUGUCACAGCCGCUCGGCUGCAGUCUCCUCAGCAUACCAAGAUGGGCAGGAUGUUUGCGACUUGAGCUUGCCAAAAGACAUCCGUAAAGAUAAUAAAACGGGAGGUAUUUUCAUCGAUCCCAAUUACCAAUGGUCCAAGGAACACUUGGACCCGAAAUUUGAUUAUGACUUCACUAAGUUGAGAGACACGAAGGAAUAUUACAGAGGUGAGGAGAAGUACAAACGCCCGUGUGGUUGGCAGCGUUUUGCCCUCAAGUUUGUGUCUAAGGUCCUGGAUGAGUUUGGUGACAACACCUGGCUGGGAAACAACAACCGCCGCACCCAGUCAGUGCCGGGGGAGUGGCCUGUGUCCUACCAUGGGACACAAGAGAAAUUUGUGAAAGCCAUCAUCGAAGAAAACUACAAGAAAGGCGUUCGUGAGGCUCAUGGCCCAGGGAUUUAUUCUACUCCAAACAUCGACGAAGCAGAGAAGUACGCUCAUGAAUUCACCUCCAAGACAACGGGCAAGAAGUACAAAACGGUUCUGCAGAAUCGCAUCAACCCCAAGUACCGGGAGAUUUGUCGCCGCAAAGACUACUGGCUGGUUCGCAUUGACCACGGAACAUCAAAGGAAAAGGAAAAGGAGAUAGUCAGAAAGGCCAUCCGUCCUUACGGCCUUCUGUUGAAAGAGAUGUGAUCACUUAUUUGCUUCCGUCUCACCCCAUUUUUAUAGCAUCAAAAAACAAUAAUAGACAUAGUGAUCAGAACUACCUAAAAUGCUGGUGUGUGUGGUCUUUGAAGCUUUAACUGUAGUCCUCCAUGCAGCAUACUCUCUAUGAAUAUAAUGAUGCCUCAUUUGCAUGUAUAUGUGACCUAUGUGAGAUGUCUCCUAUAUCACUCGGAGCAGGUCGAGUUGGUAACAGCCAGUUUAUUGCGCCUCUGCCUGCAUUUACAAUGGAAGACAACAGUGUGUGAAUGCUCAUCUCAAAGGACAACAGCUAGUAUGCUCUGUCUUGUUGGAAAUCCUCCGUUGCUGUGAGGAAUUUCCCAUCUCUACAACCUCAUUUUCUCUGUACAAAACUUACACUUACUUUAGCAAGGCAAUAUACAUGAAUAAUAAUUGUAAUUGAAAAUAACAUGUAAGGUGUUCUCUUGCAUAUUAACAAAGAGUCAAUAUAUAAACAAAAUUAUAAUAUGGCUUCUUCAUACUGGACUGUUACUUUUUUAUAUUCUUUUUGGUAUUUUAACAGUUAAUAAUUAUGUGCUGAACUUUUCCCACAAUAUAAAACAACAGUAAAUAUCUCAGUACAAAACAUUUCACCACUAAUACAGCAACAUACUGCAACGUACCUGCAUUUACAAUGGAAGACAACAGUGUGUGAAUGCUCAUCUCAAAGGACAACAGCUAGCAUGCUCUGUCUGGAAAGACGGCACAUGUAAAUGCUAGUUAGCGUGCAGAAAAUAUUUUUUGAGUGGUUAAACAUGAAUAAAACGGCUGUUAACUAAAUACAACCACUGCCAAAUUAACUUCAAACAAUUAUUAUAUCUAACCAAACAAACUGGGUCAACUUUUAAGUGCUUUUCAAGUGGUUAACGCUAUAUUGUCCACAAGCAUUCACAGACAUGUUACCAUCCUCCGUUGCUGUGAGGAAUUUCCCAUAAUGCUGUGCUACAACUACUCGAAGCAGGUACGACUUUUAACAGUAGGUGGCGUAGUUAUGCCAAUUUAGUAGAAUUUAACCUGAACCCAUUCAACUAGGUUACAUAUAGAUGAAUAUCUUCCUGCACUGAAAUUCCUUCCCAUUUUUCAAUAAGCCAUACUUCAUUUAAUAAUAAACAGAAUUUUAAACAAA